GGUGCAACCGGAAACAGAAAAAAACAUCGAAUUCCAUGGCAAUUUACCUUAAGAACCUCUACAUGAGGAUGCCUUUCACCAUCGUUGACUGAACAGUGUUGUCCACGAGUUAUAUUAAUCUAGAGAACGAGACGUGCACCACCGAAGUUGCACAAGUUGUGUGUUGCCUCUUGGCAGUUGUAAUGUCAGUCGGUGCCACACAGUGCUGCUAAUGAUUGCACAACAUUAGCUAGCACCAUCAGAGACUCCUGCUGGCAAUAUCAGUGGAGGAAUCAGUAUGGAUGCGCUCUUGGUGUUCCUACUGCUGCUGGUCCCACUCUUGCUAUGGACCAGCAGCACUUCUGUUUUUUAUUUUAAAAAGUGUUUCUACGUGGCCUAUAUGAUGAUUUUGGCUGCGAUUGCGAUUCUGCUUAGUAUUCUGAAAAGCGGCGGCAGGGACAUCGAAAACAUGAGGGUGAUCCGCGCUCUGGUUCGUCACGUGAAGUACUUCCUGGGUCUGAGGUUUGACGUGAGCGGCUUGGAACACCUGCAAACAGAGGGACCCUACGUCAUCAUCUCCAACCACCAGAGCUCCCUGGACGUACUGGGUCUAAUGGAGGUCCUCCCAGAUCGCUGCACCAUGGUUGCCAAGAAGGAGCUGGUGUACGCUGGCACUGUGGGCAUCGUGUGCUGGCUGGGCGGCAUCGUCUUUAUCAACCGCAAGAAGACACGAGACGCCAAGAGUGUCAUGGCCGAAGCUGCCAAGACCAUGCUGGAUGACCAGAUCCGUCUGUGGGUGUUCCCGGAGGGUACGCGGAACCAGAGGGGCGACCUGUUGCCCUUCAAGAAGGGAGCCUUCCACCUGGCAGUGCAAGCGCAAGCUCCUAUCAUUCCCAUCGUGUUCUCCUCCUACAGUAACUUCUAUCUACGGAAAGAAAAGCAGUUCAACUCGGGGACCAUCACACUGAAGAUCCUUCCGAAGAUUGAGACGAAGGGCAUGACGUCAGACAACGUGGCCGACCUCUCCGACAAGUCCUACGACCUCAUGCGCUCCGUCUUCCUAGACAUCUCUGGCUCUGCCCCCGUAACCCAGAGCAACGGGCCCUCCUUGCGCCACUAAACAUGAACAACCUCCCUCCUCAUUUUCCUGUCCAAGACACCAAACUCCCCCCCCCCCCCUUCUCUCCCCUCCACAUCGUCCCAGCUCCCUACCCUACCUACUUACAAAUUAAGUCAAAUAUAUUGGCACCCUCACACUUUACAAUGGCGCAGAAUGUUCUGUUUUCUCUUUUCAAAACUGGUUGAAUGGAUAUGUCUUACCCUUAAGGCACCUGCAACUUACCACGGGUGAGAGAAAUGACACCGUAAACAAGAUAAUUGCUUCCAACCAGCCAAAUUAAUUUUUUAUAAUUUAGUCCAGGCUAUCUUUUUUUACUUUGAAGUGAACAAUCUCUCAAUUUUAGAAGAAGAAAAAAUGUAUUGGUCCUGUGCAGUUGUAAAUAAAACAAAUUCAUGUGUGUACACCAAAUGUUUUUUAAAUGUCAACUUAUCUUAAAAAACAUAGUGAAUCAUGCAAGGGUGCCAAUAUAUUUGAGUGUAUCUCUACCAGGACAGAACGCACACACCAGGUCUACGUCAUGAACUCUUCUCUGCUUUCUGAUGUGUUGGCCUGGUCCAGUUUGGUUCUGGUUGGUUCCUGGUCUGGCCUAGCCCAGUACAUUCCAGCCCUGACCGCUCACUGCAGCAGGUUAGAACUGCAUGGAUGUGAUGUGGGUUCAUCAUGCAUUCCUUUUGGAUUGCUCUGUUGUCCAGCAUUUUGUUUUGUUUAUCUGUUUUUAAGUGGCUUUAUGGUUGUCUGAUUGUAUGGCAGUAGUUGUGCUUUCGCUAUUUUCCCUCUCCCUUCCUCCGGCUUGACUUUAGAUUUUCGUAAAUGUCGCCAGUGGAUAUUUAUAGCUUCUUCUGGUGCUGCCUAACCUCUUUUCUUAAUGCGCUCUCAGACAAUCGCAACACACAACCACCCUGCUUUAACAUGCACACACAACAGUUCCCCCUGCUCAACACCACAUCCCACCCAACCCCAGUGUAUCCUCCCCUGUUCUGCAUUCCAGCCUAUUGUCUCUGUGAAGAACAGGGGGUCUGGAGGACCAAGGGGUCUGGAGGGGAGGUGGAGGGCAACAGAGGAGCGAGAUGAGAUCAACAGUAGUUGACUUAGGGACUUGUUCCUUAUCUGUGUCUCAGUGGAAUCCACUCUAUAUUGUUACUUACUUACAUACUGACCACACUGGCAUCUCAACCACCUUAUCACAAUAGCUCAAUGAUAUACUGUACCGUGCUUGAUAUACUGUACCAUGAUAUACUGUACCGUGCUUGAUAUACUGUACCAUGCUUGAUAUACUGUACCAUGAUAUACUGUACCAUGAUAUACUGUACCACGCCAAACAACAAGGUAUACAACGAAGACAAGAACCAUCCUCAGUGAGUUCAUGGACUUUACUGGACUUAUCAGUUUCCAAACGUGCAUUUUUGGUUUACUACACAGAUUUUCUUCAUUCUUAUUUUCUAUCCGCCUAAGACAUAACCUGCAUGUAACAUUGAGCAAAGUGUUGUUUUUUGCAGCUGUGUUCUAUAUUUCUCUUUAUUUAUAUCUACAUCAUAUGGUAUUGUGUUCAUUUUAUUUGUGUCUUAAAGUUCUGUUCUUUGUGCAUGGAGAACCUAUUUAAGAUGUAUAAAAGGUGAUUUUAUGAAGUGCAAUGUCCAACUGUUCAAUCUAAACUGCUCCAAAGUGUAAGAGUUCUAGGAUGUAUUCAUUACAUCUUGCAACGGAAACUGUUUUAAGAGCCAAACAAAACAAAUGGAGCAAACUGAAUGAAACGGAGGGACCUACUUGAAUUUGUCCAAUAGGAACUCUGGUUUUGUUGGAAAAAGUGUGCUAGUGCUUUACAUUUACAUUACUUUAAAAGUAACACAUUGGGAAGUGAUCUAGAUGUAACACGGGUACACGAGUAACAUUUAUUUAUUACCUAAGUCUUGUGCAUUCUUUGCUUGGCCAAAUGUUCCUUAUUGUUACAUGGCAACUAUACUGAACAAAAAUAUAAACGCAACAUGCAACAAUUUUUAGAUUUUACUGAAUUACAGUUCAUAGAAGGAAAUCAGGAAAUAAGUUCAUUAGACACUAAUUUAUGGCUUUCACAUGACUGGGCAGGGGCACAUGGGUGGGCCUGGGAGGGCAUAGGCCCCCCCACUUGGGCGCAAGGCCCAGUCAGUCAGAAUCAGUUUUUCCCCACAAAAGGGCUUUAUUACAGACAAAAAUACUCCUCAGCACCCCUGCCUCCAGACGAUCCCGCAGGUGAGGAAGCCAGAUGUGGAGGGCCUGAGCUGUUGUGGUUACACACAGUCUGCAGUUGUGAGCCAGUUGUACGUACUGCCAAAUUCUCUAAAUUGACACUGGAGGUGGCUUACGGUAGAUAAAUUAACAUUAAAUUCUCAGGCAAGAGCCCUGUUGGAUGUUCCUGCAGUCAGCAUGCUAAUAGCAUGUUUCCUCAUUUUGACACAUCUGUGGUAUCGUGUUGUGUGACAACUGCACAUUUUAGAGUGGCCCUUUAUUGUCCCCAGCACAAGGUGUACCUGUGUAAUGAUCACGCUGUUUAAUUAGCUUCUUGAUAUGCCCCCUGUCAUGUGUAUAAAUUACCGUGACAAUUUAGAAAUGCCCACUAAUAGGAUGUAAACAAAUUUGUGCUCAAAAUUUGAGAGACAAGCUUUUUGUGCCAAUGGAACAUUUCUGGGAUAUUUCAGUUCAUGACACAUGGGACCAACACUUUGCAUGUUACAUUUAUAUUUUUGUUCAGUAUAGAAGGGCUGCUGUCAGAGUGGUUUCCUUAGCUUUAUACUUGAUAAACUGGUGCUUUUCCUAUUAAUGGGGAAGAGGAGGGAUACACGCAUAGUCAUUACAUACUGUGGUUUUCUGACCAAUUAUGAUACCCAAAACAGAACUGAGAAUAUUACAUUUGAUGUUUUUAAUCGAUGGAUGGUGUAUGAUAUGUACAACUCUGACUGUGGGGGAAAGGCACGGUCUAUUUUUAAAGGAAGCGAGGAAUUGGCUGAAUGUUUUUGGCCUUGUAUUCAAGGUAGUAAUAAUCAAAGUUGGGAUUGUGAAGUUCGUAAACUUGUGAGAGGUUUUAUAUUCUGUAAUUAAUAGACAGAUGACUGGAAUGACUGAAAUACUUUUAAUGUAUGGCAACGCAGCUUCUUAUUUUAAUUUGUAUCCAGAUCUUGACAUUUUUAAUAUUCACUGCCCUUACAUUAGUUGGCUAAAAUGACGUCGCUUGAAGCUUUUUGCCUGUCAAAAACACCAGUCUGAGAAUGUAUUUCAGGAUUAUUUGUGUACUACUUAUUGCAUUUAACUCUUUAUUUUUCAAUUUUUUAAAAACUUUAAGUAUAACUUAUUUCAAUGGAAUGUUGUUUUGCAUACAGUUGGUUUCUGACACAAAGAAAUGUCAAUGAUUAAUUGUUUUUAUUUAAAAUUAAGGUAAAGUAAUUGAACACUUAAUUUUAUCUCCAGCAUUUUUCUUUGUUGUGCACCCAAACUUCCUGAGGUACAGGGUUGAGGGUCAAUCCAUUUCAAUUCAGUCAAUCCAAAAAACAUCUACUUCAAUUAUCCCCAGUGCUUCUCUGAAACAUGUUUAAUUAGAAUUUCAGUUUACUUCCUGAAUUGACUGAGUUGAUGAACUCCAACCCUGUUGAGCCGCUCAUGCUGUAGAAGUGAAAUUAUCUAUGCUUUGUCUGGUAAGAACCCUGUAUACGAGGCCUCUUCAUAGUCGAUUGGCUACAGUAGCUUUACCUGCUGGGCUUUUGGCUUACUUGGUUCUGAGGAGUAAAUCAACUCAAGGCCCGGGCUUUCCUCAUCUUUAUGUUCUUGAAGGCCAGUACCACCAUGUAAGGAAUAUCGGUCUGAAUACAUCAAAUAAAUCUGUGACUUUAAUUUUUGUUAAUAGAAGUAUAUAUUAACAAUAGUAAGCCUUUCAUGGUUUUUGUUAUCUUAAUGCAGUGGUGUCUUUUUAAAAAAUCUUACAACAGAGGUUUGAAUGUUCAUCAAAGAUGCUACCAAAUUGGUUUCAACCAAAUGUAUACUGUCAUUGAUUUUUAGACAAUGGUCAAUAGUUAGCCUCUUUUUAUGAUUCUUUUCAUGAUGUUUUGUAGCUUAACUUUCUAGUGUGUCAGCUAAAAGCGUCAUUGACUCAUGACGAUCAUAUGUUAACUCAACAGGCUCUGCAGCACUACUUUGGAGAGCCUGGUUGGUUGAUCUGGCUGUUGUUUACAAAAUUAUAUAUAAGAUAUUGGAGAAAGAUUUAAAGUAUUCUAAAUAUGAAUAAAGCACUUUUCAUGUUGAGUUUGUGAUUAUAUUUCAAAAGAACAAAUCUUAUAAAAAUAUUCUGAAUUUCACCAAAGCAAUUAAAGUGUAAUCUGUUGGCUCUAGAUGACUAUGAAGCAUUGAGCUGGCCAAGGCGUCUUGUCUUAUGACAUCCUGCUGAGCUGUCUGUGUGGCCUAGACAUACACACACGACAACAUAGAAGCCCAUUGUAGUAUCUGGUUAAUAUCGACGAUGUAGUAUUUCUUGAUUUCACAGAAAUAUUGAUUAAACAUGUUUGAUGAA